AUGCUGUCGAUAUUGAGGAAGGCACGUCUCAAAGACAAGGAGAUGCGGAUUCUGAUGCUGGGGCUGGAUAAUGCUGGAAAGACCACGAUCGUGAAGAAGAUCAUGAAUGAGGAUGUCAACAGCGUGAGUCCGACACUAGGUUUUAUAAUCAAGACCAUUGACUAUGAAGGAUACAAACUGAACAUCUGGGACGUCGGCGGUCAGAAGACACUGCGCACAUAUUGGAAAAACUACUUUGAGAAGACGGACACCCUCAUCUGGGUGGUUGAUGCCACUGACAGGGAGCGGCUUGAUGAUUGCCGUCAGGAGCUGAAAGGCCUGCUCGUCCAAGAACGUCUCAUGGGCGCAUCUCUGUUGGUGUUCAAGAACAAAAGCGAUGUGACGGGCUGUAUGAGCGAAGAUGACAUCCGCCAGGGAUUACAAUUGGACAGCAUCCUCACGCACAAGUGGCACAUUUUGCCUUGCUCGGCGAUGACAGGACUUAACCUUCAAGAAGGUCUUCAAUGGGUCGUUCAGGACGCCAAGGACAGACUCUUUCUCUAUUGA